UGAGUAGUCUCGCUUUCGCUGCGUCUCGCCGAUACACUUUUCACGGGGGACCCGCGUCUCGCGAAAAUCUCCAACGAUGUGAGUGCAGUGCUGCGCGGUGCGGUGCGGUGCGGUGCGGUGUGGUGUGGUGCAGUGAGGGUGAGAGAAAGUUUAGCCGCCGAGGGAACGUGAACGGGGAUCCUCUCAGGAGGUUAACGCCGACGACGACGGCCGGGUCGUCAAACGGAGAACGCGACUGUCCGUCCGUCCGUCUGAUCAGUUCGUUGAUCGAACUGGAAAGUAAGGACGAUAAGGAUAACAUCGCACCGGCGACUUUGGUAGCCAGGAAUGAGCGCCCACGUGCACGAGGAAAUGACGAGAAGUGCAGCGACUUGCAGUUUCUAACGGGAAUUCGCGAUAAUUCGUUCGAUCAAAAGAUUCGAAAAAAGCGCGGAAUCGCGCGCGACCGGUGGCCGUGAAGAGUCUCGGACGAAUUUCUGUGCGCGUGUAAAUCUUCUCCGGGGAAGAUCCUCGUCUUUUCUACGCGAGAGUGAUUCUUCUGUCAUUUCCAAAAGUCAGAUCAGUGACUUGUGUUGAAUGUGCCCGAAGACAUACGACGUAAGAUCGACGAGCGGUCGUGCGCCGUGUUGUGUGUGAGUGAGUCGAGUGUCUCCUUCGCGAGAGGGAGGAGAAUCGCCACCGCUGACAAGUUAUGGCCAGGGUCGCGCGAACGGCCGAUGCGAACGAAUCACUGAAAGCCACCGGGACGAGAAGCUCAACAGUCGCGGUGGCGCGUGCUCAAAUGAUCGAAAGCACGAAGUCGCGAUCCCCGUGGUCGGGAUGCCAAGUUUCGAGCCGGUGUCCAUUUGUCCGCGUCACGGACAUAACGCUUUCAUUGAUGCCGCGGACGUAAACAACGCUAUUGGACAUUAAUUCAAAGGGGAGUGGCGUAAAUCAAUCGUCGUUCCUGACCGAACGCCGGCAAGCAGCUCUCAGCUUCUAGAGCCGAUGAUCUGCCGAUCUGCCGAAUUCGAGGUCGAACGAAGCCGUGGAACUCUCGAAUGAGAAAGAGAGAGAGAGAGAGAGAGAGAGAGAGAGAAAUCGAGACCACCCGAAAUAACGAGGACUCAACAAACAGAUUGCGUUUCACGCGAUCGAUCAUUCACCGCUUCGGGUUCCGAUUUCGAGAUGGCGACGUGCCAUCCGGCGCAAAGCAUCCUGCGCGAUUCUCCUACCGAAUGUUCAUUGUCAUGGAAAAGAGAAGCUGAAACUGGAAAGCCUGAGGAACUACAAACUCACGGAAAGAUCUCGACGCGUCGGGAGUUGUGAUUAGCGAUCACGAUUGAUCGACUGAUAAUCGCGGUCUUUCACUUUUGACUCAGGCAACCUAUAGCUAUCUAGGUUGCUUGAGAGAAGAAGAAGAAAAGAAGAAGAAGAAGAAGAGAAAGAAUCGUAAUCGACAGUGCGGCGCGAACGACGCGACGACGCGCGUCCAAGACAGGAACACCGCGCGACGAAUUCAUCGCGAAAGCGCGUCGAAUGACCGUUUCGGCACGGGACAAUGUCCUUUUGCAGGAUCACAGGUAGGAGCCGGGGCCUGCCCAAGCCGAACUAUUUCCCGCUGCUACCGCCCAUCAGCCCGGCGGACGCGAAGCGAUUCUGCCGCAUCACCGGCAAGUCCUACGGCCUGCCGACACAUCACUACAUUCCGGUGCUGUUGGGCGCCAACGCGCACGACAAGUCGAAAUGCAAGAUCACCAACGCCUCCGGCCUCGGACCGCACCACUACACCGCCGGCCUCAUCGUCGGCGAGAAGAAGAAGCACGUGGUGCUGAAGGACUAUCGCUAUGUCUUCCCGAUCUUGGAGGGCGAAGGCGAGCAGCAGCGGGCGUUGCGCGAGCUCCUCGACAUGAAGCAGACUCCAGUCGAAGAGGAGCGCACCAAAUUCGUGUACACGGUGGAGGAGCGCAGAUGCAGCCUCGUGUUCCCGGCGAAGCUGGAGGCCGCCGUCCGGGACGGGGACGUGAAAGACGUGAUGCUGUCGCGCGACUGCGAUACCGUGUUACUGAGGCUGAAGCAGGGCAAGAACGUAUCGGUGGACUUCAAGAACUUGGAGGACUUCGAGAACCUCUACGACGGCCUGGGGCCGAGCGAGGCUGUGCUAAAGGAACGGGAGAGACUGGAGGCUGAGACUAGGAAGAGAAAGAGGAAGAAGCAGACCGCGUUGAAUUAUGCGAAGCAGGUCUUCGAGGAGAAGGAACGUGUAGCUGACGAGGAGGAGCUCCGUCUUGCUAAGCAGCUCAAGCUGAGGAGUGUGAAGGAGGAGACGAAGGAGGAGAUGAUGGAAGAUUGGAAGCACGUGGACAUGGAACAGGCGAGAUUGAGAUCCUCCGACGUCGUCAACAUCUCGAAUACGUUCAAGGAGAAGCCCAUUCCCAGCAUAUUGAACUGGAACUCGUUUCAGCUCAACGGGAACAAACCAUUGGGCGUACCGGUGGUCGAAAAGAUGCCGGUACCGAUGAGAGCGAUGACACAGGUCAUCUGCCAGGAGUCAACGAUUCUGUACAAUUCCAUAUGCGAGUCCGUAGGAGGCUUCGAGGCGAUUGCGAUUAUGAAACCGUUGACACCUCUCAUCGAGCACCCGGAUGUGACUUUGCAGACCGCUCUUCAGCACAUCCCCGUAAACGAGCUCCAGAACACCGCGAACGUGAGCGAGAAGCUGCUGAAAAGCUGCGGAGAACGAGCGAUCGAGUGUCUCCCGCGAAUAGAGGAAGUCCCCGAGCUAGUGAAGAACUUGCCGGCCGGUAAGAAAACCACGAUGCACAACAUCAAGGGUCUCAAGCUAGACAUCAAGUCCGCGGAGAGAUUCGUCGUGGGUCAGACGGUGCACACACCAUCUGGAGCGAUCUUCGUGCCCGGGCAGACCCUGCAGACGCCUCAAGGACCAACCUUCGUGCCGGGGCUCACUCUGAACACACCAGACGGGCCUCUUCUGGUUCCUGGGCAGAUCGUGACCGUGAGCGAGCCGGACGGUGCGAAGACGCCGGUUUUCGUCGCCGGGCAGACUCUCAUGACGCAGCAAGGAGAACGCUUCGUUCAAGGCCAGACGUUCCACUCGAGUGACGGCAGCAAGUUCGUCGAAGGUCAAACGGUGUUGACCGAGGAAGGGCCGAAAUUCGUGGCUGGCCGAGUGACAGCAGACGGAGGCUUCGUCGCUGGUCAGACUGUAGCCACUCCAGAUGGACCGCGCUUCAUAGAGGGUCAAACUGUUACGGAUUACUGCGGUGAACAGGUCUUCGUGCCAGGCCAGAACAUGAAGAUGCAAAACGGCAAGUACGAAUUCGUGCCCGGUCAGUGCGUCGAGUCGCCGAACGGCGAAUCCAAGUUCGUCCCUGGGCAGACUCUUGCGACCUGCGAAGGCUUGCAGUUUGUUCCGGGUCAGUACGUGAACACCAAAUCGGGUGAGAAACAGUUCGUGGCCGGAGUCACCGUGGAAACGGAAGACACCGCGAACUUUGUCCCUGGAAUGACGUUGGACACGCCGAAAGGUCAGAAAUUCGUCGAAGGACAGAUGCUGAAGACCCCAGAAGGCAUCCUCUUCUGCCCAGGACGCACCGUUGUCACGGAGAAGGGCUUCGAAUUCGUCGCAGCGAGCAAACUCGACGACGUGCUUCUCCGAGACGUCGGCCUGGUCGGCAUCGCGGUUGACCCGAAGUCCGCGAGCGUGGUGUCCACCACCUUGCAGCGGGAGGUCUACGGUCACAUGGUACAGACCGAGAAAGGCAUCGAGUUCUUCCCGGAGAGCGUGAAGAAUCUACCAGAAGGCAGAAGAAUCGUGCCCGGCCAAUUGGUCAGCGGCGAUCAGGACGGCCCACGUUUUGUGCCGGGCGUCAUGACUGAGGACGGCUUCCUGCCGGGUCAGAUAGUGAUGACAGAGAAGGGAGAAGAGUUCGUGCCCGGUCAGGUGAUUGAAACCAGCAGCGGCCCGAAGUUCGUGCCCGGUCAGAUAGUGGAGACCAGGUCGGGGAGCAAAUUCGUGCCGGGUCAGACGGUCGUCACGGCUGACGGGCCGCGUUUCGUGCCGGGCCAGAUCGUGGAGACCAAGGUGGGGCCGACAUUCAUCCCGGGACAAGUGAUCUACACUGAAGAGGAAGGCUCCAGGUUCGUGCCCGGCCAAGUGGUGGAUACUCCGGACGGCCCCAGGUUCGUGCCCGGUCGCGUGGUAGAGGUCGGUGAGAUGGGUGUGACCUUUGUGCCAGGUCAGAUCGUUCAAACCGAAGAGGGGCCCCGAUUCGUCGCGCCUGACCUCAUCGACACACCCGAGGGUGAGCUGGAGUUCUCCGUACAGGGUUUCGAGGUCACGCCGGAGGAGCUGCGGCUGCUGCGGCCGCAGCACCUACAUUAUAAUCCCCGUUUUCGUCAUCACGGCGAAACCAGCGUGGACGCCAAGAUGUUGCGCGAACUGUCAGAAGCGGGAUUAUCUGUCGGACGAAAAGUCGCCACGAGUCUGCCUGCUGUGGACGUGAAUGUGGACCCGAAAGCGGCGGCUUUGGAGCAGGCUCUCGCGCUGGCGACCAAACUUGGUUUGCACGGCGGUACCGCCGUGAAGAUGGCGCAAGUCGUGUCCAUGAUAGCGCAACUGGCGAGAAAUAUAGCCCUGCAACAGCGACAGCAAGAUUCUGACCGGACAACAUUGACUAAUGGCAUCCAGACGACCACUGUGGGUAAAGGCGAAGACAACCACGCGAACAACGACGAAGACAACAUGGAGUCUCUUCGAGGCGCGAUUAAAGCAGCGAUCGUAGCCGCUGUUCUAAUCAUGUCGAAAAAUGACCGUCAGGUCGCGUUGGACGGCAACAAUGAGUCGCAGGACUUUGUUUACUCCUCCAUCAGCGAGUCCUUCGACGCGUUGCUGCGUCAAGAAGACCACGACACCGAUCGAUCCGUGGACGAGAUUCUGAGGAUUUUGCUGAUCCCGCAGAAUCGUAGUUCCCUCUGUCAAAGUGUGCUUUCAGAAUUGUUGGACACUAAGAACAGCAAGGUGGACAUACUGAGAUCCACGGUGACUGGUCAACCGUUGCAAAAGGACGCCGUUCUCGACAGGCUAUCGAUGGUUCUCGAAGAGGAGCACGGUGCCGAGCUGAUCGGUCCGGCUUUCCGCACCGUCUCGAAGAACGACCCGGAGUUGGUGUCGCUCGUGCUAGAAAACGUGUCGCGACACGUAGCGGACGUGGCGACCGAGAAAGAGGCUGCGGAGGCGGUCUACAAGGCGAUCGUCCAAGCGGUUCGUGAAUCCAGCGAGAUUCGCGUGAAGAAACUACUGAAUGCCGAAGGACAAGGCGUGCGAGACAUGCUUCUUCAAGCUGUGGGCUUAGCUAGGGCCUUGGGCAUGUCCGAGAUUGCGAGUAGUCUGCUGGCUGUGAUCAGCGACGAGAGGUCUACUCAGGCGCUGGCGAACGAUCGAGUGACCAUGGACGUGCUGAAGAGGUUGACGAUCAUGCGAAAACUGGCCGAGGAGCGACCACCUUUCGUGAACGCGCUCGGUCAGCUAUGCAGCGAUCCUGAAUUAGCGAGGACCGACCCUCGACUGCGAACUCUCGUGAGAGAGAGUGCCGCGCUCAUGAUAGUACCCGAAGAGAUGCCUCUAUUGUCCUCAGCCGACGUACCGACGGCGUUGCUGCACGCCGACAACAGCUUGGCGAUGGAGGAGUUCCUGCUGAAGAGGAAUCACAAGCCCUCGGCCAUCUUCAUGAUCCUCAAACAGGGUCUGCAGGCAGUCGUGCCCAGAGAGGCCUCCAGGUCGGUGUUAACCGGCCAGGUCGCGUACACUGUUCUCGACGAGGACGGUAUAUAUCAUUUCGAGCCGCUGCACGUGUUUUCGGCGUUGAGACUCAAUCGGCCGACCGCUCAUCGUUUCUCUAUGUAUUGCUGCCCAGUGGCGAAGGAGGUGGACAUCGACGGCGAGUUGAUGUCCACCACUUUCACCGCUACGACCUCGAUCGCUAGCAGUUUAGAUGGUUCUGCCAAUGGCAGCUCGAACAAGCAGGAGAGCAACGGCACGACCUUGUCAAGGUCCGAACAGUCGGCCGUUUAUUCUGCCAGCAGAGAGAACACGCCGAACCUGAAGAGAUUGAACAUCGUUCCGCAAGGCGGAACUUUCGAGCGGGGGUCCUCGGAAAAUUACGUUGUCGUGAAGGAUUACGCGGCAGAGAGCGAUGGAUUUACCGUGAGCAUCGGCGACAUCGUCGAGGCCAUCGAGCAUGACGGCUCCGCGAAGAGGGCGAGGAUGGAUCCCGAUCUGGAGGUCGAGGUCGGCGGCAUCCUGGACAAUUCAGCUGCCAAGCACAAACUUGCGAUUCGGCCACGUCGUAAUUACGCGGAUCCGCGUGCUCGAGGUGCCUCGGGCGCCGACUCGGAGUCCUCGAGCCUGCAGAGGGUAUAUGUUCGUACAUCCGACGGAAAGCAGGGAUGGUUGCCCAUGUCGAUUUUAAUGCAAACGGCGCUCAACGAAGAAAGCUCAUCUGUGUCCCAGCGGCCGGAGGAUUCUUAUUAUCGACGAGAAGCGGUGGUGAAGGAAUUAAUCGAGACGGAGGAGGAAUUCGGCAAGGAUCUUCAGCUGGUGGUCGAACGUUACCUGAAGCCCCUCGACAAUCCAGGCGUCCCACGAGUCGUGCGGGAUAACAAAGAAAUUAUUUUCACUAAUCUGAAACAAAUAGCUGACUUUCACAACACAUCGUUCGGCAGGGUGUUGAUCGAGGGCGUCAAGUACUAUGCGGAUCAACCACGUAUGCUCGGCAAAACUUUCUUGAGACUGGAGAGGGAUUUUGACAAGCACGUGGCGUACUGCAGGGACGAGCCCGCUGCUCAGGAAUUUCUUCAGACGAACGACGAAGUGCGCGAAUACUUCGAGGAAUUGAGCCAGACUCUAGGCGACGACAAGAGCAUAUCGGAACACUUGAAGCUCCCGAUACAACGUAUAAACGACUACCAGCUCCUGCUGAAGGAGCUGGUGAAAUACUCGACCCGAUUAGGCGAAAACUGCGACGAUCUGCAAAAGGCGCUAGAGUUGAUGCUAGGUAUCCCUCACAGGGCGACUGAUAAUAAGUUCAUAAGUAAUAUCGAAGGAUACAAAGGAAAUAUUCACAAACUCGGCAGGUUGCUCACGCACGAAUGGUAUACGGUUAUUGAUAAGGAAGGAAGAAGCAAGGAGAGAUAUUUGUUCCUAUUUAAAGCGCGAAUCCUCGUCUGCAAGGUCAGGCGAAUAUCGGAGGAUAGGUCGGUUUUCGUUCUAAAGGAUAUUAUUCGACUACCAGAAGUAGAAGUAAAGGACCAUUUGAACGACAUACGAUCUUUCGAGCUACACAAUCCAUCUGUUCCCAAUUACCCCAUCACUUUGGUAGCUCACAAGGACCCCGUGAAGGGCUACUGGCUCAAAGAGAUUCGCGAAUACGCUAGCGAUUUAGUUGCUCUCGCCGAACACGCCGCGGACGACCUUCAAGUAACCGAAGUAUCGGAAACUAAAGAGGAGCCAAAGAGCGACGAAAAACCAGUGCCAGUAAAAGUCGAGCCGCCGUCACAGAAAAAUCCAGAACUAGCCAAAAUACAGCAGGUUAAGGAAGAAGUUAACCUACCCAAGGCGCCCAAAGCAACUAGCAAUCCGAAACCAGCGGAAGAGGUGAAGACGGACUCAGGUGGUCCGCCGAAAGUAGCAGAUUCCACGAAGGUCUCUGUAAAGGACUCCACGAAAGACUCCGCGAAAGACUUCGCGAAAGACUCCGUGAAAGACUCCGUAAAGGAAUCCACGAAAGACUCCGUGAAAGUCUCCGCGAAAGAAUCCGCGAUAGACUCCGUGAAGGACUCCGCAAAGGAAUCCGCGAAAGACUCCACGAAAGACUCCGCAAAGGAAUCUGCGAAAGACUCCGUGAAAGUCUCCGCGAAAGAAUCCGCGAAAGACUCCGUGAAAGACUCCGUGAAAGACUCCGCAAAGGAAUCCGCGAAAGACUCCGCGAAAGACUCCGCAAAGGAAUCCGCGAAAGACUCCGCGAAAGACUCUGCAAAGGAAUCCGCGAAAGACUCCGCGAAGGACACCGUGAAGGACUCCGCAAAGGAAUCCGCAAAAGAUUCCGCGAAGGUCACUGUCAAGGAUUCUAUAAAGGACUCCGCGAAGGUCUCCGUGAAAAACUCCGCGGUCUCCGCGAAGGACUCCGCGAAGGUCACCGUAAAGGACUCCGUGAAGGAUUCCGCGAAAGUUACCGUCAAAGAUUCUGCGAAGGACUCCGCGAAAGUUUCUGUAAAGGACUCCGCAAAGGCCUCCACAAAGGAAUCCGCGAAGAUCGUAGAGAAGAGAAAGGACUCUGUGGAUACUGCGAUUGACACAUCGGAAGCAAAAAAGACUAAGAUCGAGGAAACAGAAGCAGACAUGUCCCGAAAAUACUCUGCGAGUCGGUACAGCGCUUCCUCCAAAGUUGUGGAAGAGUAUUCGUCAGUAUCGAGCAGUCGCAAUGGCGCGUCCUCAUACAUGGAAUCAACUACAUCCGCUAUGGAGACGAAGGUGUCUUCCUCGGCGCAGGGCCAGUCGGAAACCAUGACUUCCUAUCAGACUGCAAUCACCGGCGGAACGGCAGAAUCCAACGUCGAGAAUCGAACAGCUAAAGUUGCUCUCGCCAGCGACGCUGGCAAACCCGUGUUUAUCAAAACGAUAGAGGGAUGCAAUGUGGAACCGACGCGACCAAAAAAGGCAUUGAUACACGCCAUAGCCGGAGAAGUUGCCACCUUCGAGUGCACGAUGUUAACCACCGACGAGACCACCAGGAUGCAAUGGCUGAAGGACAACAAACCGAUGGAGGACAAGCUGGCUGAUCGUGUAAGCACCACGAUGUCUGACAACGUCUGCAAGCUCGAGAUUCAGAACGUUCACGAAUCGGAUACCGGUAUAUACACCGCGCGAGCUCUGAACGCGAAUGGCGAAGCGACCUGCACCGCGCAGCUGGUGGUCCAACAACUGAGUGCGGAGGAGAAGAAGGCACGAGCGAACGCGAACGCUCCUAUUUUCUUAGUGCGCUUGAAAGACACCGAACUGUUGGAGAACACCUAUCUGCGUUUCAUGAUUAAAGUCAAGGGAGAUCCGAAUCCGGAAAUGAAGUUCUUCCAGGAUGGCACCUUGAUCGACGCGAAGCACGAACGAGUGAAGAUCGUCCGGGACAAUGCUGAGAAGGGAUUCUACGAGCUGGUGAUCGCUGACGUUCAGAAACAGGAUGCUGGUAAAUACUCGUGUACAGCCAUGAACCGCUUCGGCGAGGCUAAGUGUGAGGCGGAGGUGACUGUGACGGAUGAGAAGCCACUCUUUGCCGGACUUCCGGAAGGUCUACUCGAACUUGGAACCGAGCCACAUUUUUCUUGGUUGCGCGAUGGCAAACCGUUCGACCCUGAGGAGAGAUUUAAGGUUCUCUUUAAGGAUAACGAAGAUACCCUGGCGUUGGUGUUCCAGCAUGUGAAACCCGAGGACGCUGGUCUUUACACGUGCGUGGCACAAACCAACACAGGUAACAUCAGCUGCAGCGCGGAGUUAACGGUGCAGGGUGCCGUGAAUCAGCUAGUGAAGGAUCCGGAGAAGCCGAAGUUGCAAACAGAAUCGAAGCAAUCGGAAGUGAGCGUCGGUGGAUCUGCGAUGUUAGAUCUGCAAGUGAAGGGUUACCCGAAGCCGGACAUCAAGUGGACGAAAGACGGCCAAGAGAUCGUGGCCGGUGGUAGGAUCAAGUACCUCUGGGAGGACGAAGAGUCGCUGUCUCUGGUGAUUAAGCAAGUCACCGCUAAAGACGCAGGCGUUUACACCAUCACAGCGAAGAACGAGCUCGGCCAAGACAGCACGCAGAUCGAGCUGAUCGUCAAGUCCGCGCCUAAGGUCACGAAGAAGCAAUCCGAUAUGAUGAUUCUCGUCGAAGACACCGGCACGAUGACCGUGCAGGUAGAGGCCACCCCGGCACCGGAGGUCAUUUGGUACAAGGAUGGUCAGAAAAUCUCAGAGAGCGACCGUAUAAAAAUUGUCAAGGAGGGCAACGACACAUAUAAGCUGGUGAUUAAAAAAGCGAAGGUGACCGACGCGGGUUCGUACUCGAUCGUCGCGCGUAAUGAGAUCAAUCAGACAACUGAAAUCUGGAAUGUCAGCAUCAAGUGCCCGCCGAAGAUCAAGAAGAAGCUGGGCGAGCCGCGAGUGAUUAACGAGGGCGACACGCUGAAUCUUCUGAUCGAAGUGGAUUGCGAAGGCGAGCCGAAGGUCAAUUGGUAUAAAGACGGUGAGCUUUUGCGCGCGAGCGAUCGCGUGAAGAUGACGAAAAACGGGAAUAAUUAUAUACUCACGGUGAACAGCGCGACGGUGGAGGAUGCGGCAAUCUAUAAAGCCGAAGUGGUUAACCAGCACGGAACUAUUUCGGACGAAACGAGAGUCAGGGUGCGUGGCAUACCGAGAUUCAAGACGAAAUUGUGCGACAUCAGCGCGAAUGAGGGCGAGCUGAACGUUGAGUUCGUGGUGGAGGUCGAAGGCUUCCCUAAACCGAACGUGCAAUGGUUCCUGGGCGACGUCGAGAUUACGGAGAAACGUACAGAAUAUACUCGCAUGGAGGAGGGCGACAAUUACAAGCUCAUCAUCAAGGAAGUGAAGACCGAACUAAAGGGUCACUACACAUGCAAAGUGCAGAACGAAUACGGAGAGAAUUCGAGCAGCUCGAAUCUGACAGUGAACACACGGCCGAAGCUGCUGAAGAAAUUGGCGGAUCAGCGGUUAAAGGAGGGCGAGACGCUGACGCUGACGUUGGAAGUGUCCGGCACGCCGGAUCCGGAGGUCAAGUGGUACAAGGACGGCAAAGAAGUGUCGGCGGACGCUAGAAUCAAGAUCAGCAGGGACAGCCAACGCAAGGAGAACUAUGAUUUAACGGUGACAUUGCUGAAGGGCUCGGACGGCGGCGAAUAUGAGGUGCGAGCCGAGAAUCAGCUGGGUCAUGUCAUCAGCAAGAGCAAGGUCAUCGUGUUGACCGAAACGGAAGACAAGGUCGACGAAAAGGUACAGCCGCCGAGAGAGAAGGCCGAGAAAGUGACGGUGCCGGAAGAGGAGACGCGGGCGAAGAAACCGACGGAGGAGCAAGUGCCGCGGCAAUCGAGCCUGCGCGCCGAAGAGUCGGAAUCGGAAGGUCGCGUCACACUGGAGAGACAAAACGUCCGAGUAAUUCAAGGGGACAAUGAAACGAUCACAAUCUCUGUGGCCUCCACGACAUCUCACGAAGCUAUACUCACAGGUCCCGACGAAAGUCAUACAAUCAGCAAGAUGACGGCGACCAAGGUCGAGUGUCGGGAGUUCGGUGUCGACUCGGAACCCCGUGUUGAGGAAAUCGCUUCAUAUGCUUAUACUGUGCAAGAAGAGAGCUCAAAGCCGCAGAACGGCGUGCUGAUCGAGGAGUUCUCAGAGACCGAGGAGAAACGGUCGAACUUGGCGGUUAAUCGGGGCGUCACGAUCAUGUCCGUGUCAGACGACGAGUCGACCUUGAAGGCGCUUUCGCGGGACGUCAGUACGGAAGACAUGCAGCCGACUGACUUGCCGGAGGAUCAGCGAACGACGAACAGUGUCCUCGAUGAGGUCUGCUUCAACGCGACGUCGGAAGACAUCAGGCUGCACAAGGUCUCCAGAGUAGCAGAGACUAUCGUCGAGGAGCGCUCCUGCGAGGAGCCGUCGUCAGCGGUGUUGUCGAACCAAACGCUGGAACGAGAAAGCCUGAACACGAAGGAGCUGAACUUGCCCAGCCAAAGUGCGAUGAUCGAUGACGUGAGCCCUGCAAAGAAAGUUGCGGAGAGUACUCUCGCGCGACCGAGCGCCGCUGUGGAAGAAGAAGGAUUCUCGAAACAGAGAUCUUCUGGUGAGAAGUCGAGCGUCUCUCCUCAAAAAAUUGCUGAAGAAACUUUGGAGCAAGCGCAGACCGCAGUAGUCGGCCCUGGCGGCCUGUCGAAAGAAACUGCGAAAGUCGAGAAGAUGAAAACCACGACGACGUCGUCAAGCGAGACGUUGUCACGGCAGAGCUCUCAGAAAGCGCUCCUCGACGACGACGAUGAUGACGGCGAGAUCGACGAGGACAUGAAGAAACUCCUAGCUCGCGUUAAACGGCAACGUAGCGUGCUAGAUGAAAUCCUCGAUAAAGAAUCGGGCAGAGAGUCAGCACCACCUCACGUGCUGAGCACGAAUCUCACCGACCGAACGAUCUUCGAGACGCAGAAUACGCAGUUCGAAGUGAAGGCUUCCGGGUUGCCGAGGCCAGAUGCAAAGUGGAUGAAGGAUGGCAAAAUCCUACGAUCUGGCGAACGGGUGAGGAUCGAGACAUCCGGAGAGACUUAUCAGAUGGACCUAAGCAAAGCCACUCUUGAAGAUGAGGGUGUCUACUCGUGCGUCUUGACAAACAAAUUGGGCGAAGAGACCGUAGAGGGUUACCUAUCUGUCGGCACGGUCGACGAUCUCCGCAAGCCAAGAUUCACCGAGCCUCUCAGUGACGUCGACGUUGCCCUCAAGGGUGAAGGGGAGUUCAAGGCCGUCUUCACGGCUGAUCCAAUUCCGGAUGUGAGAUGGUAUUACAAGGACCAAGAGAUUCCGUCGGAUGAUUCUAGAAUCAAAUCGACCAUCAUUAGUGGCCCAGCAGCGGACAAGUUGACAGAGAGCAAAGUUACGCUCAAAGUGCCAAAAUGCACCAAGGAAGAUACUGGAGAAUAUAGUUUGAGGCUGAUAAACAAGUGGGGCGGAGCAGAGUCUAACGCGUUCCUGAGUCUUCUGUUGAAACCGGAAGUCGACAGCUUCAAAGAUCACAGCGAGUCGGUGGACGAGCGAGUGGAGUGGCAAGCGAUCGUCAAGGGCAAUCCGAAACCCACGAUUACAUGGACGAAGGACGGCAUAGAGCUGCAGAAGGGCGAGCGACAUGACAUGGAGGAGGACAAGAGAAAUUGCAAAUAUAAGCUUAUCAUCAAGAAGCUCAGUCUCGAAGACGGCGGUUCUUACACGAUUGUGGCCAAGAACUAUCUAGGCGAAGCUAGCGCUCAGGCUACUUUAACGCCUCACACCGAAGCUCCGACCUUCCUGAAAGAUCUCUCGAAGGUGCAGUGCAACGAUCGCGAGGAUAUCGACUUGAAGAUUCGCGCGACUGGCAUCCCGAAGCCGAGCGUCACUUGGCUGAAAGACGGCGAGGUCAUCAAGGAGGAUGAUCGGCACCAGUUGGUGACUCAUAUAGACAACAUAGUGGACAGUAUCCUCUCCAUCAAGACAUUCUCCGCGGACGAUGCCGGCACGAUCACGUGCAAGGCGAGCAAUAUUGCCGGCACCACACAAACCAGCUGCCAAUUAUCGAUGAUGUUGACCGCGCCUUCGUUCGGCCGGCCAACGCUACCGAGAUCGAUGGAGGUCGACGAGGACGAGCCGCUUGAGCUGAAGGCUAAGGUGGAAGGUAGUCCGAUACCGAAUGUCGCUUGGUUCAAGGACGGUGAGAAGAUCACACCGGAUGAUCACGUGAAGGAGACCACCUUACCGGAUGGCAUCACGAAACUCACGAUCGACGUCGUGAAGCCCACCGAUUGUGGCGCUUACAAGCUUGUCGUCUCGAACUCCAGCGGCAGCAAUUCCUCGCUCUGCGCCGUCGCCGUCACACCCACACGAAGGAAACCGUCGUUCACGAAGCCGUUGGAGGACGCGAAGGCUGUGGUUGGGCAACCGCUGAAACUGGAAGCUCAAGUUUUAGCAUUCCCGAAUCCACAGGUGCAAUGGUUCAAAGAUGGUAUACCGUUGAGGCAUACGAAAGAAAUGUACUUCGUGAAUGAGCCGAACGGUCUGAUCGGCUUGAAGAUCGACUACAUACGUCCGGAGGAUGCAGGCACCUACUCCUUGAUCGUGUCCAACACACUCGGUGAAAUUACUGGCACGGCCAAGGUAGCAGUGGAGGAGAAAGAGAAGAGACCAGAGUUCGUCGCGAGUCUUCAGCCGCAAACUGUCGUCGAAGGUUUCCCGGUAAAGAUGGAAGUGAAAACCAUCGGGAAACCGACGCCUGAACUCAAGUGGCUACGAAAUGGCGAUGAGAUUGUUCCCGAUAAUCAACACAUAAAAAUCGUCAGCCAGCCAGACGGCAGUCACGCAUUAGUUCUCGAUAAGACGACACCAGAAGACAUAGGCGAAUAUCAAGUGGUAGCCGGCAAUACGGAAGGCACCGCGUCUUGCAAAGCAAAGCUAGACGUCUCUACUAAGACGAGACCGGACACGCCAGAGGAGAAGCCAGUCUUCACUAAUCCCAUGCGCGACGUGUCCGUCGAAGAAGGUCAGCCGUUGACGUUGGACGUGUUGUUUGUCGGCAAUCCGAUUCCCGACGUGAGCUGGACGAAGGAUGGCGAGUCACUGAAGCCCUCGGAACGCGUAACGAUGAGUUGCGACGGCAAGAAGGUCGGUCUGGAGAUCAACCCGUGCAAUGUCAAGGACGCAGGCGCCUAUAGUUGCAAACUGAGCAAUCCGCUCGGCGAGGACACCACCGGCGCGAACGCUAUCAUCAGAAAAGUGUACCAGUCACCGACCUUCACGCAGAGAUUCACGGAUCUGCAACAGUUGCCCAGCUUCGACGCCAAGUUCCCGGCACGUAUCACCGGCAUACCGCAUCCCGAAAUCACCUGGUACUUUAACGACAAGCCGAUUUUGAGAGACGACGAUAAGUACAAGAUCAAACGCGACGGCGACGCUUGUUGUUUGUAUGUGAAGGACUGCACUUAUGACGAUUCGGGACGGUAUAGGUGCAAGGCAAUUAAUAAAGGCGGCGAAGCGGAAUGUGUGGCGAACUUGGCUGUGGUGGACAAGAUUGAGAAGAAGCAGAAGGUUGAACCACCGACGUUCUUGAAGAGGAUCGGUGACUGUGAAGUUUACAGAGGCAUGCCCGCCAAGUUCACCGCGUGCGUCACCGGAUAUCCGGAGCCUGAUUUUGAAUGGUAUCGCAAUGGUGACCGACUCUGGCCCACCGAUCGCAUCAGGAUGGAUCAGGAGGGUAGUCUAUUGCGACUGACGAUUGCUAACGUGGACGAGCUGGAUGCCGGCAAGUAUAUGCUGAAGAUCUCCAAUCCUCACGGUGAAGACUCUUGCAGCGCCGAGAUGGUUUAUGAAUCUCUGGAACCACGAGCGAAGAAACCUCUUGCCGACCAGUACGCAGACUUUGACAAGUACCGAAAGUCCGGAGUACCCUUGCCGUUGGCAGACCGUCCGAUCAUCAGCCGUAUGAUGGACCGUCAUCUCACCCUUUCCUGGAAGCCGUCCAUCCCGAUCGGGCCGCGAGUGCCGGUGACUUACUUGGUGGAGAUGUGCGAGUUGCCAGACGGCGACUGGUUCACCGCACGCAGCGGUAUUCGCAGCUGUGUCUGCGAUAUUCGCAACCUCGAGCCGUUCCGUGACUACAAAUUCCGCAUUCGCGUGGAGAACAAAUAUGGCAUCAGCGACCCGUCGCCCUUCGCACAAACUUACCGCGCCAAAUUAGAGCCUGAACCACCCAAGUUCUUCCCUUAUUUACCGCCCGGUAUCGACUUUCGGCCUGAGACCAGCCCCUACUUCCCGAAGGACUUCGACAUCGAGCGACCACCUCACGACGGCUACGCUCAGGCGCCCAGAUUCCUGCGUCAAGAGUAUGACACCCAAUACGGUGUGAAGAACCAUAACUGCAACCUCUUUUGGUUCGUUUACGGUUAUCCCAAGCCGAAGAUGACGUAUUACUUCAACGGGCAACUGAUCGAGUCGGGCGGUCGAUACGACCAAAGCUACACUAGGAACGGCCAGGCGACUCUCUUCAUCAACAGGAUGCUCGAGAGGGACGAGGGUGUCUAUGAGGCUGUCGCUACGAACGAGCAUGGCGAAGCCAGACAGCGAGUGAUCUUGAAGAUCGCCGAGUAUCCCACGUUCAUUGAGAGACCCGAUGAGACCAUCGUUAUGGUGAGAAGAACCGGCCAGCUAGUCGCUCGUGUCACCGGCGUGCCUUAUCCGGAGCUCAAGUGGUAUAAGGAUUGGAAACCUAUCGCUUCAUCUUCUAGAAUCAGGAUUCAAUUCACCGAACCCGAUACCACGACCCUCAUCAUUAAUGAGGCCAUUACGAAGGACGAAGGACUUUACUCAAUCAGCGCAGGGAAUGUGGCCGGUUCGGUAUCUUGUUCGGUGAUACUACAUGUAGAAGAGAACGAGCAUGAAUACGGAUACAGAACGUACGGGAAAAAGAUGGACGUACAGUCGCGCGAGAAACCGUUCGGUGAUUACUACGAUUUGGGCGACGAGCUCGGUCGCGGCACGCAAGGUGUCACGUAUCAUGCGGUCGAGAGAAACACUGGUAGAAAUUACGCCUCCAAAGUUAUGCAUGGCCGCGGUGAUCUCAAGCCGUUCAUGUACAAUGAGAUGGAAGCGAUGAACAAUCUGCAUCAUCGCAAGCUGCUGCGACUGCAUGACGCCUUCGAGACUAACGAUUCAGUUACACUCGUUACGGAACUAGCGGCUGGUGGAGAGUUAGUGGACACUCUCACGAGACAAGAAUUUUACACUGAGAUAGACAUCGCUCGUUACAUACGCCAAUUAUUAUGGGGAUUGGAAUAUAUGCAUGGGAAUCAUUACGCACAUCUUGGUCUAACGCUCGGCGACCUCCUGAUCUCCCAUGCUGGUGGAGAUGACCUGAAGAUCUGCGACUUUGGACUUGUUCGCAAAAUUUCGCAUACGAAGCUGAUGACCUUGGCAUAUGGUAUGCCAGAAUACGUUGCACCUGAAGUGACCAAUAACGAGGGCGUCAGCUAUCCUGCGGAUAUGUGGACUGUCGGUAUAAUCACCUACAUUUUACUAUCGGGUAUUUCACCGUUUAGAGGCGCAAACGACCGAGAGACAUUGACGAAGAUCAGAAGCGGCAAAUGGGACUUUGAUGACCGAUGGAAAAACAUCUCGAACGAGGCACAGGACUUCAUCCGCAGCCUACUGACGUACAAUGUCGAGGCGAGGAUGGACAUCAAGACCGCCUUGGCUCAUCCAUGGUUUAACUACAUUGAUAACUUGCCACCGGAACCCUACAGAAUACCAUCCGAGAACUUGAAGAAUUAUUAUAAACUUUACCGCGAUUGGUAUAGCAACGCUUCCUGCCGCACGUGGUAUCGCAGAAGCAAGUUGGAGACCGCGUUUGAACAUCCAUCGCGAAUGGUGUAUCCACCAGGACAUAAAUUCACACCGGAGCCUAGCGUUGAUAGGAGUUACAGCCCAGUCAAGAAGCCCUCGACUAGGACAUGGGAGAAUCAAGUGCCGUCCAGGGAGCCGAUCGACACGGAGAUCGGAAUUAUCAAGAGCGAGAGCCAUUACCAAAACGGACCAGACACGUAUCUCCUCCAACUGCGAGAUACCGAUUUCCCCGUACGACUACGCGAAUACAUGAAAGUCGCGUGCGACCGCAGUCCCGGUUUCUCGCGCUCUAUUGCUGAAGACAAUAGCUUUGACUGGAGGGCACCCAUUAUUCGAGAACGUCGUCGAUUCACGGACGUCAUGGACGAGGAGAUCGACGAUGAGAGACGGGCGCGCAUUAAUCGCUACGGAUCGGCGGACACGUAUACGCUCAGGCGUUUGAAGAAUGAGCUGGGCACUCGACUGGACAGUUACGCUGAGGCUGAGGCGAUGAUCGGGUCAAAGAAAGAGGGUCAACCGCCGUUCUUCCGCGAGAAGCCGCAGAUCUGCCCAAUCGAGGAAGGCAAACCGGCACAACUUGUCUGCUUCGUCGUGGGCGACCCGAAACCGCUGAUACAGUGGUUCAAGAAUGACAUGGUGAUACAGGAGAGCAAUCGGAUCAAAGUGAUGGAGGACGCCGAGGGAAGGUCCAUACUCACUUUCAACCCCACGAAAGAACACGAUAUUGGUAUAUACAAAGUCGUGGCGAGGAAUCCGAUAGGACAAACAGUUGUUAGAACUAGAGUGCUACUAGCGACUGUUCCUUUCGGUCCGGAUUCUCCAGAGGCUUCCGACGUGUCGGACACUGAGGUGCUCCUGCGUUGGAAGCAGCCCAAAUACGACGGCAACUCGCCCGUAUUGUGUUAUAAUCUUCAAUACAAGGAAGGUGACUCGAUCGCAUGGAUAGACGUCGGCUCCAACAUCGACCAUGAGUUCUACUUGGUGCGCGACCUGAAGCAAGACACGAGUUACAAUUUCCGUCUUGCGGCGCGCAACCGCAUCGGCUGGAGCGAAAAGGGCAUCCCUUCGAAGCUGAUCAAGACUCGGCCGCCGGGUUGUCCGAAGGUACAAAUCACGCGCGCAAUGAGGCACCUCCAAGAGCUCACCGAGACCGGCCAGGAGAUCGUUCUGGAAGAGGACAAACAGCACAUCGACUAUUCCGUGGAGGAGCGACCGAUAGAAUGGUCAGUAGAGCCGCAGUUGUCCAACAAGUACAGCUUCAUCUCGGAGCUGUCGCGUGGCCAGUUCUCCGCAGUGUUGAAAGGUGUGGACAAGAGCAGCGAUCGCGUGAUUGUCGCUAAAAUCCUCGAGCUGAACCCCGAGACGGAGAAACAAGUGAACCGAGAGUACGAGGCGUUGCGUUCGCUGCGGCACGAGAGAGUAGCGAUGUUAGAGGCAGCGUAUAAGGUCUCCGGCAUGCCGAUCGCGAUAUUCGUCAUGGAGAAGCUCCAAGGCGCAGAUAUACUCACCUACUUCUCCAGCAGGCACGAAUAUACGGAGAACUGCGUGGCAAACGCCAUCACGCAGAUUCUCGACGGUCUGCAGUACCUACACUGGCGGGGCUAUUGCCAUCUAGAUAUCCAGCCGGAUAACGUGGUGAUGUCAUCCGUGAGAUCGGUGCAGGUGAAACUGGUAGACAUGGGCUCUGCUCACAAAGUCAGUAGGUUGGGCACGAAGGUGCCGAAGCAACUCGGUCAUCACGAGUAUAGGUCGCCCGAGCUGUACAACGACGAACCGGUGUACCCUCAGACAGACAUCUGGAUGGUCGGAGUGUUGACUUACGUGCUCUUGUCCGGAGUCUCGCCCUUCCGUGGCAAAGACGCGGACGAGACCCGGCAGAACAUAUCUUUCGUCAGGUACAGAUUCGAAUAUCUCUUCAAAGAGCUGAGUCAAGAGGCCACGAGGUUCCUCAUGUUGGUCUUCAAGCGCGCGCCGAGUAAAAGACCAAUGACGGAAGAAUGCCACGACCACAGAUGGCUAUUACCGACCGAUUACAUGAUCAAGAAACGUGAGAGGGCUGUGUUCCUAGGCAACAGGCUGAAAGAGUACAAUGAAGAGUACCACGGAGAAAAAUCGAAACUAGCUUCCGACAGCGAUAGUCUAGCGAGCGAAAGUCUGUUGGGCUCCAAACAGAAGCUUAUCAGGUCGACCAGUAUACAAGAAGAGCUACGCACUACGUUCUAACAAUCAAACUACGAUUUUCCAUUUGCCUUAACACACACACAUACACAUACACAUACACACAUUCACAAAACAUACAUAACAUGCAUGUACUUAUACAUUCAUACACACAUACACAUGCUACACAUUCACAUUAUAUGCAAAUAUGCAAUCAUACCAUCUCGCGUACGUUGCCUAGUCUGUCUACGAAGAAUGAGAGAAUGAGAAAUCGAGAGACGCGAGACGCUGUUUCUCCGUUUUCUCUUUUGUUAUUAUUUAUUUGUUACAAAUUGUAAUUAUAACGGAGACCAUUGUUGUCAGAUUGUCAAUGCUUCGCUGACGGGUCUCGUUGGCGGUUAAAUCAUA